AACAAAAUCCCACGUGACUGGCCCUGCACUCAGACCAUCAUGGCGUUUCCCAGUGGGAAGGGAUCCUGGACGCCCGAGGCUCCUGGCUUCGGGCCGCGGGCGCUAGCUCGGGACCUGGUGGACUCGGUGGACGACGCCGAGGGGUUGUACGUGGCGGUCGAGCGGUGUCCGCUGUGUAACACCACUCGCCGGCGGUUGACGUGCGCCAAGUGCGUCCAGAGCGGUGAUUUCGUCUAUUUCGACGGCCGCGACAGGGAGAGGUUUAUUGACAAGAAGAAAAGGCUAAGCCAGCUUAAGAGCAAGCAAGAAGAAUUUCAGAAAGAAGUACUAAAAGCGAUGGAAGGAAAACGGCUAACAGAUCAGUUGAGAUGGAAAAUAAUGUCGUGCAAGAUGAGGAUUGAACAGCUGAGACAAACAAUCUGUAAAGGAAAUGAAGAAAUGAAGAAAAAUUCUGAAGGCCUUCUCAAAAACAAGGAAAAGAACCAGAAGCUUUACAGCCGAGCACAGCGGCACCAAGAGAAGAAGGAGAAGAUUCAGCGGCACAACCGCAAGCUUGGGGACCUGGUAGAGAAGAAAACCAUUGACUUGAAGGGCCAUUACGACCGCCUGGCGCGUCUGCGAAGGUCCCACAUCCUAGAGCUCACCUCCAUCAUCUUCCCAAUGGACGAAGUGAAGACUUCCGUGAGAGAUCCUGCAGACAUGUCUUCAGAGAGUGACAGUGCCAUGACCUCCAGCAUGGUGAGCAAGCUUGCUGAGGCCCGUAGGACAACUUACCUCUCCGGAAGAUGGGUCUGUGAUGACCACAACGGUGACACCAGCAUUAGCAUUACAGGCCCUUGGAUUAGCCUCCCGAAUAAUGGGGACUACUCUGCCUACUACAAUUGGGUAGAAGAGAAGAAGACAACCCAAGGGCCUGACAUGGAGCAUGACAACCCUGCCUACACCAUCAGUGCUGCACUGGGUUAUGCUACUCAGCUGGUCAACAUCGUCUCUCACAUACUAGAUGUCAAUCUGCCCAAAAAACUGUGCAACAGUGAGUUCUGUGGAGAAAACCUCAGCAAACAGAAACUGACUCGUGCGGUGAAGAGACUGAAUGCAAACAUCCUCUACCUUUGUUCCUCUCAGCAUGUGAAUUUGGAUCAGUUACAACCACUGCAUACACUCAGGAACUUAAUGCACCUGGUCAGCCCACACUCCGAGCACCUAGGCAGGUCAGGACCCUUUGAAGUGCGGGCAGACCUUGAGGAGUCCAUGGAGUUUGUGGACCCUGGAGCUGCUGGAGAAUCAGAUGGGAGUGGAGACGAGCGUGUAAGCGAUGAGGAGACUGACCUGGGCACAGACUGGGAGAACCUGCCGAGCCCCCGAUUCUGUGACAUCCCUUCUCAGCCAGUGGAAGUUUCCCAGAGCCAGAGCACCCAGGCAUCUCCACCCAUAGCCAGCAGCAGCGCUGGUGGGAUGAUCUCGUCCGCCGCGGCCUCGGUGACCUCCUGGUUCAAAGCAUAUACUGGACACCGCUAAUGAGUGUAGACCAGGACAUGUGAAAUCUUUCCCACUGCACUCUAAUAACCUUGUCUGUAUAGUUAGCAGAGGGGCAAACCUAGCGUUAGGACAAGCACAUGUGCCUGUCAGGUGGCCUGUGAUGGUGAUUGACGUGCUCAGGACCUCUGCCAGCCCUGAGCUUGUGGCCUCCUGGCCCCUGGUCUUAGCCCCUUCGACCCCAUAGUGUGCUGGUUCCUGGGAUGCCAAGUCUUCCCGACACUAAGUUGUAGACUUUGUCAGAUCACAAGGAAGUGUUGCUUGGUGGUGAGGAAUGGAAGACAAGCUGUGUUUGUUUUUUCUGUCAUCCUUUUGAGAGACUUGCCAGCCACAGAUUUGGUCUUUGGGGGAGGCAGUCGUCUGGGAGGGAGGUGGUAAAAGCUUUCUGCUGUCGUCGUGGCCAUCAUGCAUCACAUUCCUGAUUUUCUACCACACACCAAAGAAACCGUGGUCUUUAGUCUACAGACCCACAUCCCAGAUGGGGGAGUCCUAGCCGUGAUGUUUGGAGAUGUCCAGACAGUGUCCUUGUGUUCUGAGGGGAUGGAUUCAUUCUUGUGCAAGGCAUUGGAGUUCUCUAUACUGUACUCACUUUAAAGUGGUCCUUUUUCCCUUUGCCAUGCCCGGUAUGAGCUGAAUGCUGCCUGGGCAGUUUGAACACUUGAUUAAGUGGUCAUUCUCUUGUUGUCCAGUGUCUUGGCGAGGAGGGGGAACCCCUCCUGCUUGUUCCUGGUGUCUCCUUGGCUCCAGAGGCAGCACCUUGUGCAGUGUGGAGCACCAUGCAGCAGUCCCAGGAAGUGCUCAAGGAAUUUCCUCCAAGAGACCAUUUUAAUGACAAUCUUACAGAAAACUAUAAUGAGAGGCAUUAUGUUCAAAUUUGUAAGUAGUUCUUUCUUAUUUUUAAUAACUUCAAAAACGGAAGAAGUCCUAUGUAACAGACCACAGAAGUCCUGUGAAAAGCGCCCUCUGAGGCAGCAGUGCUGUACGUACCUUCCUAGCCUGCCUGGUGCGAUGGUCUGUACCUCAGGCACGUCCUUCAGUGGUUCGCUGCCCCCAGCUUCUGUUCACCGUUACGGUUGAUACUUUGCAGACUUAGGUGCUAUAGAGCUCUUGCUAUUGGUAGACUUGUAGAAAGGCAGGAGCCCCGUGGUCUCCAGCUCUAGAUCUCCACCUGGGGAGGAGACGGCUCCCCUCUUGCAGGCGUUCAUUUGACUGAAGUCUGUCCUGCUCAGCUUCAUAAUUGUUGGGCUUGCAUUUUGCCAUGUUCUUCUAGAAUUUGUAGACUGAGUCUGGUAGAAUGAACAGAUAGCAGUUGAAAAAGAAACCAUGAGCUUGAGAGGAAGCUUCAGAAAGUGCAGAUGUCACGAACUCCUGUCUACAGCGGUUAACAAAGCAGAAGCAGGAAGUGUAGGGUUGUUGGUAUUUUGUUUUUAGUAUCAAAUAGAGGCACUUUGGUCACUUUACGUCACAGGAAAUGAUUGCCCUAGGCUGCUGAAAUCCUUGAGUGUCAUUAAUUUGCACUGGACCCACCUGUUGUAAAUGUUCUUAAAUACACAGUUCAACCACUGUUCCCCCGUACUCUUUGCUGCUUAUUCAAACCUUCCAUGUAGGUGCAAGAACCAUAUGUAAGCAGCUUUCUGAAGAAAUGGAGCUGGUAUUUUUUUAAACCAAAAGCCAUAGAAGGUGGUCAUGUUUUCCAUUUUAAAAUGAUUUAUUGAAACAAGGUAAUACUAAUAGAAACUCAGAGUACCACGUAGGCUGCUUAAAUGGUCUUAUAAAAGACAUUUUUAUGUAACUGAAUAGAACCAAGGACAGCUUGCCACAUGUGUGACUUACUGGAGAGACAGUAAGUCACCGUGGUAUGGACAGCACUGGGCGAGGAGUCGGGGCUGCUUGGGGAGAAGUGCAGUGUCAGACCCCUCGCUGCAUCUGAGACUUCCACAUCAGGGUGAGUCACACAGAUGUCCUCUCAACUUUUAUUGUAUUACUGCAAUAAAUCCUUCAACAGCACUUGGCUAUGUGUGCCUUUUCCCAGCUACCAUUUAUUCUGCUACAUUAAAGUUAAGAGUACAAGCUAACCCUGGAGUGCUUCACAUAAAUUAAAGAAGGGACUCUUAGAGAAUGCUUUCGCUUGGUAAGAAAUUUAUUUUUAAAAUGAUUAUGGUGCCUUUAGUCAUGAUGGCCCAUCUUUGGUAAACAAGAAAGUAGUUGUCACGUAUUUCUUUCUCGAAAGACAACCUUGAGGCUUGACCUGGGAAAGCAGUGGGCCUCUGAGAUGCCCAAUGGAACCUGCUCACUCAAAUGUUAGAGGGACUUCUCAAGCCAAGAUGAGUCUGCCAGCUUUGGAAAUGUUUUUUGUAUUUAAUCUCUCAGAUGGGCACCUGUAGCUUCCAGGGAGUGUGGAAGAGCCACCUAGAAGUGGAGGGUAAGUGACUGAGGUUGGGCAGGUUGGCCUCAGGAAGGAGCUGAAUGGUUAGUCAUGCCCAUUCAUUGCUUUCCCUGGGAUGGGAGGAAGGCUCUUCAAAGAGGGGUUGGCCUUCCGAGUUCCUGCCUUUCCGUUUUCCUAGGUAGAAGCCAGAAGCAGGCUUCCGUGUAGUGUAAAGGGAGGGAGGUGUUUCAUCCACGGUCACAUUUGUCUGGUUCAGGAAGUGAGGCAGAUGGGGGAAAAAGAGGAGACUUCCCAAUAGGUGGGAACGCUUCAAUAAAGUGUGACAGGAAGUCUGAACCUGGGCUUGGGCGUGACUUCUGAGCGCUCCAGUUGUGCUGCCCUCCCCCCCAUUGAAGCAUCUGGUGAGAAAAGAGCCUGGAAAGGGGUUUUCACCCCUAGAGUUAAAUCGAUGAAACACAUUUUUCUAUAAACACCAAAAGCCACCAGGGUGGCAAACUCCAUUAUGAAAAUCACUUCGUGUGCACACAUGUGUGAUGUCAAACAACUCGCGUUGAGUCUGUUGUCACUCUGCUGUGUCCCGGGGAUGGAACUCAGGUCUGCAGAUGUGGUAGCCAGUGCUUUCACCCACUGGGUCACCUGGGCAACCUGGGACAAACUUCUUGAAGAAUUAAAAUGGUGAUUCAGCAAGAACCACAGUAAAAUGUUGUCCUUGUGUGUCUGUAGAAAAGAGUGCAAGGGGAUGGGGUGUGAGAGAGGGUCUGACGGAAGCUUCAAUGGGCUGAAAAUGCAAGAAAUGAAUCUGAAAAGAUGGCUUCGAGGUUAGGAGUGCUGGCUGCUUCGCAGAGGACCUUAAUCCAAUUCCCAGCACCCUCAUGGUGGCUCACAACCAUCCUAACU